CGAGUCGUCGCCACCGUCGCCGGCACCGCAGGCGGUCCGCCUCCCCGUCUCGAUCUCAGUCGCGAUCGCCCGACGGGGAUCACCCGCGCACAAAGGCUCGUGACGAAGGCCGUCGUUCUCGCGGACACGGCUCUUCCCGCCGCCUCUCGCCCUCAUUCAGCAAGAGCGCAUCGCGUCUUGCGCAACCACAACCUGAACACGACUCCGACCCUCUCGAAGAUCUCGUCGGGCCCCUACCCCCGAAGAUGGACCCACCGAUUCGCUCUCGCGGCCGAGGCGCCUACAAUCUCAGCAACAUUGAUGCGCAUUUCGCCGCCGACUACGACCCGUCAAUGGACGUCCAGCCGGACGAAGAAGAAACCAAUAAACCGUCCAGUGGACGCUUAAGACGGCACGUUGCUGGUCUAAUGACCGCCGAGGAUGACUGGGAGGCGUCCCUCGAGGCGGUGCGUGACCGCGCGCGGUGGAAACAGCAAGACGAGGAUCGACUGCGCGAGGCUGGGUUCGGCGAUGACUUUGUCCAGCGGUGGAAGAAGAAUACUACCGCUUCUGCUACUGCAGCUGGUGACGACGAGAGUAGGAUCGAAGACGUGAAGUGGUCGCGCAAGGGCGAGGGUCGAGAGUGGGAUCGGGGGAAGGUUAUGGACGAGGAUGGGCAUGUGGAACUCAAGGCGCCUUGGUAAUUAUUUAUUCUUUGAUUCUUUUCUACAGUAUUAGCGAACAUGGAAUUGGGGUUGGAUUGGAG